ACUGGUGUCCCCACUGCACGUGUCUGGGUUGGCACAGGGCGUGGGAAGCAGUGGAUGCUGCGGAUCUUCCCACUGCCUCCCUCUGCACUGCUCACCUCCCUUCCCACGGAGGAGUACGGGGAAAAUCCUUUUGUUUCCCACCGGGUGAGAGGAUGGGAGUGCUAGGAACCUCUCUGUGCUGUAACCCCAGGUCUCAUGGGAACGGUGCAGGACAGGGAGCUGCAGAGGGUUUGCACAGCCCAGCGUGCACAGUCCGUGCUGUAUAAAUAGAAACUCAAUGGCUGGGUGACCCACAUCUUUCCCGUGUGCUGCCGGCUCCGUUGACCUUGCUGAGGGCAUUACACAUCCUGGGACGCUGUGAUCCUAUGGAGAUGGACCCUACACACAGUGGGCUGUGAUGCAGAGCUGUGGGGCACCCCAUGCUGCGGCACUCCAGCUUGGUGCGGGUGCACAGUUGCUGCCAAGCGAGUGGAGGCUGGCAAUGUGCCGGUGGCAGUGAGAGCAUGGUGCUCAGGCUGGGAUGGGGGAGGAGGAAACACUGUGCCCUUGGAGUGUGGGGUGCAGUGAGAAGCGUGGCACGCGGCCUCAUGGUGGGUGCUGGCAUGGCGAGCGCAUACGGGCAGCAGUGCUCUUCCCAUUUAGCAGGCACCAAGCUGAGCCUGGUGCUGCAGGGUUGGUGCCUGCAGGGAGUUAAGGCAUAAAUCGUGGCAGAAGCAGUUCCUGGAAAGGAGCCGUCCUGUGCGCUGGCCACAGAUGGCUGCUUAUCUGCAGGAUAUGCCGUGCAGCCGGGGCGGGCUCUGGGCUGCAGCCAGCACUGUGCUCUGUGGGCUCCCAGCAGUGCCCUGUGUUUCCCAGCCCUUUCCUCCAGCUCAGGGCAUGGGCACCCCCUGUCCACACAGCUCUGCACCAGUUUGUCCUGUGUCCUCCCUGGCAGCUGCAGCUCUCUGGGGUCCCUGGUCCUGCAGUGAGGACACCAGGGAGACACCAAGGCUUUGCAGGUGCCACCCGCAGUGCCAGGGGUUGGGAUGGACGCAGCUAGAGUGUCCGUCUCCCACUGAGGCGGUGCAAGGUGCUGAUGCACACAGGGAGGCCCAGUGCUCCCCCAGGCCCAGCUAAGCUCCCUGGAAUGUUUCUGGUCCUAAUUUAAAUAAAAAUGAUCCUUUUUGAAACAGGAAAUUAUAGACAUAUUUUGGGCUGUUGCUCCAGUAGCCCCUCCCCGACUGAAGCGGGGAAGGUGCUGGGGUUUAACCCCUCCACGGAGGGACCCAUGGAGUCUCCUUCAUCCCACUGCCCAUUCCUGUGGUGGGGACCAGGAACAGGAGGCACUGAGUGUGAUACCUGGGGGAGUUCUGGGCAGACCAUUGUGCUAUGGGGUGCCAGCCAUGCUCUGGGUGCUGGGCAGCCACCCUGGCUCAGCUCCAGGCUCCUAUUUAUUUAUUUACCAGUGAAAUUCCUCAGGCAGGGUGCAGGCAUGCGCCGUCCAGCUCUGGUGGGACAGAAAUAUUCCAGAAACGCACCCGAUCCGGCCAGACCACAAGCAUCCGUGGCCCUGCUGGCACACACUCCACGCGCCCUCACCGGCCUUGGGCACCCAUGUCCAGAUGUGCUUCCUCCUUAUUUCCUUGCGUCCUCUCUGAAAAGCUCCUCAUUUACCAUUUAUUCUGCCUUUGCUACGGGGACAGUGCUGUCCCCACUGCAGGGGUCCUCAAGAGACCCCAGGGAGGGGGCUGGUGCCAUGCUUUGGCCGUAGGGUUGGGACAUUGUGGCUGGGCUGUGGGUUCCUACGGAGGCAGACGCAGCCCAUGGGCACCAGCACUGACUUCCAGGCACAUGUCAGAGCCCAGUCCCACUGUCGGAGGACACGGCCAUGACCUCUUGGCUGAUAACAGCGUGGCUGCCGCCGAGGACAGCAAUGUCACUGCUGACAUGCUCUGCUGUGCCACCCCUGACGCCAUCCCCAGUGCAGAGCCCAGGAGAGGUGUGUGGAGAGGGUUUGGGGCAGCUGUGGGAUGGGGGUGUUCACCCCAUAAGUGGCUCCAACCUGCCUGUCUCCUGCAGCAGUGGUUUUGGCUCAGGGCACAUCUGAUGUCCAGGGUGGACAGGAACUACCAUGAUACCUCCUGGCAUCCCGAUGCCUGGUUUUGCCGUCUCCAUUGUUCAUCCUGUCAUGGUUUGGGGCACUUUCUCUGGUGCUGUGGUGCUGGGAUCAGCCGCUGCAGCUCAGUUUGGCACGAGGACAACCCUCCGUGCCACCCCGCGGGGCUCAGGGCUCUCUGUCCCCAGCAUUACUCCUCGAGGCCACCCCAAUGCGGUGCCACGAGGAACCUCAACACAGCACUGUAGGGGCGGGCAGCGGGACGGGGGCCGGACGCUUCCCAAGCAGCCUCAGGGCCCACAUCACUUCCUCCAGCAGCGGGGGAGAGGCCCCGCUGCCCUCCCGUCCCCCCCCUCCGUGCGCCCUCCGCCUGCUGCGCGCGCCGCCGGGGCCCUCGCAUUCCUUGGCUAUUUUUAGGGUGGCCCUAUCAGCCCAGCUGUCCCCGCACCGCCGCCAGCCUCACCCACCGCCUCGCGCCGCGCUCACCCCCUGUAUCCCCGCGCCAGGGCCGCGGCUCCAUGAGACAUCGCCAUGGCCUUCUCGUCCCGCUUUGCGUUCUGGGAGCAGAAGGGAAGUGUUGC